AUGUUCUAUAUCCAACACCGGAUAGGUGCCCAGUCCAAUGUUCUACUUUCGGCACACUAUGCUCCAACAACUACCCCGAACGGUCGUCUCUCUAAGGAAUCUGUCUACUCUGCUCUCCGUUCCGUCAUUGAGGCAUAUCCAGAGCUUUCCCUAAUCGGAGUUCCAAAAGCAUCCGACAAUGGGAAGAAGCAUCUACUUCUUCUCGCGGCACUGCAUGAAAUUGACUUGGAGACCUGUGUCGAGUUCCUCGAUGAUCAGGAGCCGACUUCUGGACCAGAAAUCCUUGAAAGGCUUCACAAUGAGUGGCUUUGGACCGACGAGACUUUCAAUCCUCGAAACCCUUGGUGGAAGAUAGUUGUCCUUGGACGACAGGAGGUGGUAUUUGUGUUUCAUCACAUUGUUUGUGACGGUCGUUUCGGUCACUUCUUCCACCGCAAAUUCCUUGAGGCGAUCAACUCUUUUGAUCAAGACCAGAAAUCAGUUGACCGUGUCGUCAAGAUCGACCCUGAUCGAGUGAGAUUGAGUAAAGAGACGGAAAAAUUUUGGGUCAGCAGUCUAUCUGCCCUCCGCAUGGCUCACAUAUUUCUCAUGUUCCUGUUGAUUCGUCUCUUCUUUGGCAGCAGACUUUUCUUCAGCGACCUGCCAAAGGCAAAACCGUACGCCAAUUCCUUCCUGAUCGAGGCUGAUCCUCACCAACGGACAAAGACCCGCGUCGCUAGCGUUCGCAUCCCCGCUGCCAAGAUGCGGCAGAUCAUCGCGGCCUGUCGAGAGCAGAAAGCGAGCUUCACGCCACUCCUCCUCGUUAUGAUCUGUUGCACCCUUGCCAUCGACCACUAUCCCGAAGCCAAGAUUGGGAUCAGCAACUGCGCACUUGAUGUGCGAUCUCUCUAUCCAGAGAACACUGAUUCUUCUGGAAAGCUUCUUCAAUGUGCAGCCGGCGUCAGGAAGGUCACAUGGUUGAGCAAAUACCGCCGCGUAUUUGGCCCGAGACCGUUGAAGCCAGGCAAGACGCAUGUGGACGUGGAAGGGGCUUGGGAUCUCGUUCGAGAAUAUCGAGAAUCCUUACAAAAGCCAUUCCAGGGAGCUCAACCACAGCUUCUCACGGUAUUCAAAGCAUCUAACGGUGUAUCUGAUGACCUGGAGGGGCUACUGAAGUCGACUCUCCCGGCCGUGGGCCUUCACCUCAACAAUGCCUUCCAAAUCUCCAAUCUUGGGAGCUUUUCGACGAGCGGGGAAAAAGAAGGGCCAUGGAAGAUUGAUGGUAUGAACUUUUCGGCUUCUACGGUGAAUGGGACCAUUAGCUACAACAUCAGCAUCAACGUUGCCGGCGUGGAAGGGGGAGACACUGUUAUUAAUGCGUCGUAUGAGGAUGGAAUAAUUGCGGAGGACAUGGUUUAUGACAUUUUAGAAGGGGCGCUGGAGAGGAUGGAGGCUAUCAUGUAA